AUGGGCACGCCACCAUUGAAUUCUUAUGCAAGUUUGAGAGUUCGUUUUCAAUUGAGAUCCGACGAAACAGUUGGCAAAUCUUUCCCAUCACUUCAAGAGCAAUUACUGCUAGAACAACAGCAGCUUCAAAACAAUGAACCCUAUCCCAGUGACUUGUUUGAUGACUACGCGCCCGGAAGGACAGAAUCGUCACAAUCUCCCGAUCGCAAUGCCUGGAGAUUUAGCAUUAUUUUUAUCAUCCUCUGCGCAUUUUUCCUCAUCCUCCUCCUCAUUAUGGCCAUUCUUCUCCUUGCUAUUUUUACCAGACGGACGCUGUUACUACCCUCUUUAAAUGCCCAUUGUCCAACUAGAAUCCCUAUUGUCACCACUGCAAGUGCGCCUAUAACCUUCCGGCAUGCUCCCUCAGCACUUCUAGUGUCCCCAUUGCACCAUCAUCAAAAUCAUAACUAUCAAAGGUGUGGUAGUUCCCCAACACUUCCAACCGCCGCAUCGACUUCUUGUCACACUCUACCAUACAACUAUCACCAAAGGCACUCUGGAAUUCGUGCCUCCGGGGAUGAUUUGUCCCUUGAUUCGAGUGCUGUGUGA